AUGAUAUUUAUUUAUUUAUUUAUUUAUUUUCUUUCUUUCUUUCUUUCUUUCUUUCUUUCUUUCUUUUUUUUUUUUAUUUUAUUUUUUUCUUUUUUUCUUUUUCAUUUCAUUUCUUUCUUUCUUUUUUUUCAUUUUCAUUUCAUUUUUCUUUCUUUCUUUUCAUUUCAUCCUUUCUUUCUUUCUUUCUUCUCUUUUCAUUUCAUCCUUUCUUUCUUUCUUUCUUUCUUUUCAUUUCAUCCUUUCUUUCUUUCUUUCUUCUCUUUUCAUUUCAUCCUUUCUUUCUUUCUUUCUUCUCUUUUCAUUUCAUCCUUUCUUUCUUUCUUCUCUUUUCAUUUCAUCCUUUCUUUCUUUCUUUCUUUCUUCUCUUUUCAUUUCAUCCUUUCUUUCUUUCUUUCUUUCUUUCUUCUUUUUCUUUCUUUCUUUCUUUCCCCUUUUAAAUUUUUUUCUUUCUUACAUUCUUUAGUUCUUUCUUUUUUUUUUUUUUUUGCUUUUGUCUCUGUAUUUCUUUCUUUAUUUUUCCCUUUCUCCUUUUCUGUAUUUCUUUCUUUCUUUCUUUUCGGUGAUUUUGUUCUUUUUCUUUGUUUUAAUUAUAUUCUUUCUUUCUUACUUUCUUUUCUCGAUUCUUUCCUUUUUCACUCUCUGUAUUUAUCUUCGCAACUUUUUCAUUUCAUCCAUUUCUGUCUUUCUAUUUUCUUUCUCUUCCUUGUUUUCUUUCUUAUCACUUUUUUGUUUUUUUUAUUUCUUUUCUCGGUUGUUUUCUUUUCCUUUCAAUUAUUCAAAAGCUUUUUCGUUUCAUACAAUUCUUUGUUUCUUUCUUUGUCUUUUUCUUUUUCUUUUUUUCUGUAUCUCUUUCGUAGCCAUUUUCCGUUUUCUUCCUUUCUCUUCAUCGAUUUUUCUUUUUCGUUCUCAUUAUUUUUUCUUAGUAUCUUUUCUUUCCUUUUUUAUAUUUUUCGCGACAAUUUCUUUUUCUUCCUCUGA